UUCUUCCGCAGUCGGAGAUGACGUCAGCUGGCUGCAGCAUCAGAGCGUCUUUUGCUGAUGUGCGCAAAGUGAAAGAAGCUACAUGAUGCUCUUUGUCCCCGCAGCUGGAGUUAUUUUAAUAUUAGCUUGGAUUUAUCCAAGUUACGCACUCUAUUUCCACAUAGGAGAGACGGAGAAAAAAUGCUUUAUUGAAGAAAUUCCGGACGAGACCAUGGUUAUUGGAAAGUACAGGACUCAGCUGUGGGACAAACAGACCAGUUCCUUCCUCCCAGCCACCCCCGGCCUUGGGAUGCAUGUCGAGAUCAAGGAUCCAGAUACAAAGAUUAUCCUUUCUCGUCAGUAUGGGUCAGACGGACGGUUCACCUUCACCUCCCACACUCCUGGAGAACAUCAGAUCUGUUUGCACUCCAACUCCACCAAGAUGGCUCUGUUUGCAGGAGGAAAACUGAGAGUGCAUCUGGAUAUUCAGGUUGGAGAACAUACCAACAACUACCCUGAAAUUGCAGCUAAGGACAAACUCACCGAGCUGCAGCUGCGGGUCCGACAGCUGCUGGACCAAGUCGAACAGAUCCAGAAGGAGCAAAACUACCAGAGGUAUCGCGAGGAGCGGUUUCGCAUGACGAGCGAGAGCACCAACCAGCGCGUCCUCUGGUGGUCCAUCGCUCAGACGCUCAUCCUCAUCGUCACCGGCAUUUGGCAGAUGAAGCAUCUGAAAAGCUUCUUUGAGGCCAAGAAACUGGUGUAAUGUCUGAGCAACGGCAGCAUUGGGGAAACAACAUAAACACGAGGAGACGGACUUGACUGACCGAAUCGGAGAGACGCCCGCCCACAGUGCAGAAAAAUCCACGGGGAGACAUGUGGUCUUAAUAUCAGCCAUAAAUGGUACGAGCACAUUCACAGAGGCAGUUAUCAAUCCUGGGCAAUGAGUUUUUCCCUGCAAAUGUUGUAAGCUAUAGUUAUUUUUCCGUUAGCAACAACACAGUGUCACGUUUCCAUUUGCUUUUCUUGUUGUGUUUUCUUGACAACACUGGGCUCGUUAUUUUCCUGCGCCAGAAGAAGCAGAGACAACAUUAGUGAAUUUAUUAUGGAGUGAAUGGCCGACUGUUAAAGCUGUUACAAGUAAUAACCGAGUACUUUAUUGAUACAUGAUUUUAUGUAGGCCAUUUUUUGUCAUUGAUAGUGUUGCACAUAGUUUUAUUUCCAGGUUUUGUAACUUCUAACCGUAGGCUUUCAGCUGUGCUCAUCACUUGCUCACACAGAUAUUACACUGAUUCCUUAUUUGUCCAUUUGUAAGGAGUAUAUAAACACUCAAUAAAUGGUUUAUAACACACUAAAAUAUAGUUGUAGGCAGCACUGAGGACAUUUUUAAUUUUAUUAAUAUAUUUGAUAACAAUUAUCAAAUAUAUACACAAAUAUACAAUGAAGCAUUGGUAACUGGUGAAUAAACAGUUCAACAAAGCUUUAAUCACGAUUAAUGAUGUUGAUUACACACGUUAUAUAACAUUUCUUAACUGUUUCUGAACUCAGUAUAAACAGUAGUUUGACAAAAAUAAAUCUUAACACAAUCACCACUUACUAGUUUUCUUCCAGAGCUUUCAGCCUCAUCUUGUGGUCUUCAUCAGCUAAUGGAGUAGGCUCAGUUGUGACGGUGGGUGAAGAAGAUAUAUUUGUAAAUAAAUAAAUAAAUACUUAAAAUAAAUACAACUAUUACCUACAGUUACUGUAAUAUUUCAUAUUCAUUCGUUAUCUGUUUAUACACCAGUUACAGACGCUUCACAGGAGAAGUUAUAAUAGCUGACACAUAUAUUAGCAGACACUUAAAAGUGUCCAUCUAUCUUAAAACCACAUUUUAAGUGUUUAUAUAUUGCUUAGAAAUGUGAAAUGGAGGGUCAAAAGACAGCGUUGCCAUUCAUCCUUCUACCGACCUGUAUAUAGUUUGUACCUAGAGUCCAGUUUCUUGUACAUUUUACCAGAGCUGUAGAUACAGUUUGAUACUGGUCUAUUAAUAACAGGAUUCUACUGUAUGUUGUAAAGAACAGGUUUAGCUUAUUGACUGUCCUGUUCAUUUUCUAAUGCCUUUUACACUGAUUGAAUGAUAUUCAAGUAAUAUUAAUUGUGUCACCAGGUUUUUUGUUUCAUCAGUGUCUUAAAACUUAUUUAUUGAGCAGUCGUGGCCUGUUUUAUUGCUGAGCUUAAGACAAAUGUACUCUAAUUGCAAUUUACUGUGAUUUUGGUUUCCAUUUGUCAAUGCAAUGCAAAUUCUGUUAAUUCAGAUUCAUAGCGAGGAACAACUUAACAUUAGAAGGGAUUAUAGUGAUGCAUUAUAUUUGGGCGUUAAAUUAUUUUUGAAAUUAUCACUCUAAAAAUUGUUACCGGUUCCAGAUGUCACCUCCAUGUGCUUAAUAAAGAAACUUUGGCCAA